GGUCUGUUGAUGUCCAGUGAUAAGCAAUGUAAAAUGGGCAGAUAUUUGAUGUCCAAAUCAUUUAUCUUUUGCUCUUGAUGGUGCGCAAGAUUCGCCUGUUUUGGAAGAUCGGAAUCCAGAAUGCUGGGUAGGGUGUCAUCGUUCCUUCAGCGAUAUGGCAUUCCAACAUUCCACAGAUGUCAGCUACACGAUAGUUUGUUCAAUGUCCAUCCAUCUAUAUCUGAGGCACUGGCGGAAAACAAGCCAGUGGUGGCGCUAGAGAGCACAAUCAUCACCCAUGGGAUGCCAUAUCCCCAGAACCUGAGUACAGCCCAGGAGGUGGAGGCCAUUGUGAGAGCCCAUGGGGCCACGCCCGCCACAGUGGGGGUGCUGGAAGGCAGGGUUCAUGUGGGCCUGACCCAGGAGCAGCUGCACUUCCUGUCCUGCAGCGACGCCUCCCUCAAAGUGUCCCGCCGAGACCUGCCCUACGCCAUCAGUAAGGGUCUCUCUGGGGGCACCACCGUCUCUGGCACCAUGAUUGCUGCUCACAGGGCCAAGAUCCCCGUGUUUGUGACUGGGGGCAUUGGAGGAGUGCACCGGGAUGGAGAAAUCUCAAUGGACAUCAGUGCAGACCUCACAGAGCUUGGCAGGAUGCCCAUCGCUGUGGUCUCGGCUGGUGUGAAGUCCAUCCUGGAUAUUGGUCGAACCCUGGAGUUCUUGGAGACACAGGGCGUGUGUGUGGCCACAUUUGGGAAGUCCAAGGAUUUCCCAGCAUUCUUUUCACCUCAAAGCGGAUUCACUGCUCCCUACCAUGUGGCGGAUGCUGAAGAGGCAGCAGCACUGAUUGAGAGCAUGCUGUCUCUGGGGCUGCAGAGCGGGCUGCUGGUGGCGGUGCCCAUUCCUGAGGAGUAUGCAGCUGCAGGACAGCAGAUAGAGGAGGCCAUCCAGACAGCAGUGGCAGAGGCCAGUGCAAAGGGUGUCAGAGGAAGAGAUGUCACCCCCUUUAUUCUUCAGAGGGUCAAUGAGCUGACCCAGGGGAAAUCCCUCCAGGCCAACAUGGCCCUCAUUCGUAACAAUGCCAAGGUGGGCAGCCAGAUCGCCUGUGCUCUGUCUGAACAGCAGAGGAGGAAGAGGAGUGUCGCUUCACCCCGCCUCAAAGAGCAGAAAACCCGAGUUCACCCCGAGGCCGUUGUCAUUGGUGGUAUCAAUGUGGACUUCAUUGCCAAAGGAAAAACACAGAAGUUGCUGUUUGGGCAAACCAAUCCGGGAAGUGUGUGCCAGUCAUUCGGAGGGGUAGGAAGGAACAUUGCUGACUGCCUCAGUCGACUGGGUGAACGGCCCCUCUUCAUUUCGGCUGUUGGGGCCGACUCUCACGGUGAUGCUGUUCUGAGUUACUGCAAGCACAUGAACACAAGUGGGGUUGCUAAGAUACGGGAGCAAAGAACUGCAACUUACUGUGCUGUAAUCACCGAGAGCGGGGAGCUCAGCCUGGGAUUGGGCGACAUGGAUAUUCACCAGCGAAUCAUGGCGCAGUAUGUUUCUGAAUUUGAAAAGCAGCUGUCCUCAGCCCGUCUGGUGUGUCUGGAUGGUAACAUUCCAGUCUCCACUAUUGAUUAUGUGUGCUCUCUCGCCAUGGAGCACGCUAUCCCAGUGUGGUAUGAGCCAACAGACGCAGACAAGGCCUGCAAACCCUUCCUGUCUCACAGCUGGAAGGCGUUGACUUACACCUCUCCCAACCUGGCGGAGCUACGCACCAUGAACCAGACACUGGGCCUCCCAACACCUGCAGAGCUGCCCGGCGACCCGCAGGAGGUGCUGCGCUGCGCGGCGGCUCUCUCUCGCCCCCUGCUGGAGCACCUGCAGUGCGUGGUGGUGACACUGGGCCCGACGGGUGUGCUGGUGUGCGGGGAGCACGAGGACGGGACGGUGUGCCUGCGACCCGGGAAACGGAGACGGCAAGGCAAGCUGUGUGCCCUCCACUACCCAGCAAUGGCCCUAAACCCAGGGGACAUCGUGAACGUCUCAGGAGCUGGGGACAGCCUGGCUGCUGGGUUGAUGGCGGGGAUCCUUCAGGGUGGAAACACAGAUGACAGUGUGCGUUUGGGGCUCAUGGCAGCGCAGUUAUCCUUAGCGUCCCCCCACCCCAUCGCACCUUCGCUCAGCGCCGGCAUGGUCAACCUGGAGGAGGUCCGCACCCAGGACUGGCCUCGGCCCACCCUCUGGUGGAUAGAAGAGAUGGACCAAUGACCGGGGUGGCCAGUUCCACAAAGGACCAAUAAGAGUUUUGGAAACAAGAUGCACAACAUUCUAUUUACAAUGUUCUUUUGUUAUUAUUAUAUUGUCUGUUUGUAUGAGUCAAGGAGCUGUAUUUGUUAUGACCAAAUUAGGGCGAUUGUUCAAGUUCGACAGUAUGAAAUGGAAACAACCUUUGUUUCCUGUGAUUUCUGUAUGACAUUGGUGGACUCCAUGCCUUUGGAAAGUCCCAGGCCACUACAUCUGAAGGCUGAAAUCCCUAUCAGUGCUUUCAGCCACCACAUUCAAUGCAAGGCAACAUAAUUAACAUAAAUGGACAAUACACACACACUACCUAGGCAUUGUAUUUACAAUAUACUUACAGACACAGCAAAUUUAUAUGAAGAUAUAC